AUGGACGGACGCCGAUAUCACAUCGACACCGUAGGGUAUGGUAUGGUGUGUGCAUUGUGUCGCAUUGGAAUCAGAAACGCCAUAGGAAACAAUGGAAAUGAUGAGUUCGAUCGGAAAAUUCUCGCUAAGCUCGCCGAGCUCGAGCUCGAGAAGGCAGAGCAGACGAUGACGGUUGCUUUCGACACCUCCUUUGACCACUACUGGCCGUACUUGGCCAUGGUUUCGCUGCCGGUGUUCGCCGUGUGGCUCCCAUACAACCACCGUCGCCUCCAACAGCAGGAAGGCCGACCAGCCGCCCUCCUCACGCUGGGCAUCGCUCUCACCCCGCUCUACAUGAUACAUCAAGUAUGUAAAGGGCCGGCCGAACUGAUCCGCUGUAUUCAUUCCGUCCCAUGCAAUCACAGCGCCUGCCCUCUUGUCUGUAUGUGUCGCUUUCAGUUCGAGGAGCACGCCAUUGACUGUCUGGGGCGGCGAUACAGCUUCAUCGACUACUUCAACGCCAUCGCCCCCGCCAAGUUCGGCGCCCUGCUCGACGCCCGCACUAUCACACUUAUCAACGUGCCACUUACCUGGCUGAUCACGCCGCUGUUCGCCAUCAUGGCCCACGGCAAAGGGCGCUUCGACGCCGUCCCCAUCUACCUCAUGUGGUCAGCAAGAGGUCUUGCACAUUUAAAAGAACGUGUGCAUGUUUCUGUCAACCGGUUGGAUUAUCAUGUGAUGUGGUGCAGGGGGCUGGCCUUCUUCAAUGCGACCUUUGCGCCCAUCAUGCCGGCCGUGCUGAUGCGCAGCUACAACCCAGGCCUUGUCCAGUCGCUCUUCAUGGCGCAGCAUACCUCUACACGGCCACCAAGCACCACCAAUUCGGCUGGCUGUCGCUGCUCGGGUGUCUGCUGUUCGGCGGGCCGGUGGGUCAUGGGCUGUUUCUAUUGGUGCCGCUGCGGCUGCUCACUCAGAGAGCUAUCGGACACGCCAUAUUCGCUGUGUGGUUGCUGACGGGCCUGAUGGCGGUGCCGGUGCUGAUCAGCACUGUGCUGCAGUGCGUGGUUAGGGGUGGGGCGAGGGGAGAGAAGAAGGCCGCGUGAUUUGGGUGAAAGGCAGGCGUGGGGGAGUAGUUUGGUCGAUGGGUUGGUUGGGUUGGGUUGGGGGUCUCCCUGUCUGUCCUGCAUUGGAUUGGCUGUCGUCUUUGGCUGGGUUGUUGGCCGACUCCUCACUCAUUAUUGCGGCGAGUGGAUUGACUGACAUUUUGAUGGCGUGCCGUGGUCUCUGUCUGUUGCAGGGUUGGAUUGCUGGCCUUUGCUGCUUUGGUAGUGUAUGUAGAUGCCUCUGUUUCUUCUCUCUUGCUCACUCGGUCUGCUAUGCUAUGCCUUUUGUGUGCCGUUGAUGCAUCCGAUGCGUAUGGAUACGAAUGGACUGACUGACCCUGCCUGACCCGCUUGACUGAAUGCACCUCGCUCUCGCU